UGGGUGGAGAAGGAGGGCUGUUUUCCAGGAUGUACUCCCGUUCCGUUUCCUACUAGGCUUGAAGGAGGAGGAAGCAGCCACUCGCGCCUCCCGAAAGAAGGAAGCCUCGCUCCGUCUCUCCAUUGGCUGUGGCGGGGGGAGUGGCCGCGCGGUUGGUUCCAGGCCCGGGAGGUGGUCCUGGGCUGCCCCCUCCCGCUGCUCCCCGCAACGAUGUUGCCGGGCCUGCCAUGCCGCCUCUGCGUGCUGCUCCGCUGCCCGGGGGCGGCCGCAGCUGCCCUCCGCCGUGCUUAUCACGGGGACAAGGUGGCCACGGUGGGCUCGCAGCCCGACGCCGCCUCCCCGCUUUACCAGGAAAAUUAUGAACGAAUGAAAACAUUAGUAACAGAACUGCGACAGCAAGCUGAAAAAAUCAGAUUAGGUGGUGGAGAGAAGGCCCGGAACCUUCACACGUCAAGAGGAAAAUUGUUACCUAGAGAAAGAAUUGACAGGCUUAUAGAUCCUGGGUCUCCAUUCCUGGAAUUCUCUCAGUUUGCUGGUCACCAGCUAUAUGGCAAUGAAGAGGUACCAGCAGGAGGCAUCAUCACAGGCAUUGGACGAGUCUCUGGAGUGGAGUGUUUGAUUAUUGCCAAUGACGCAACUGUCAAAGGUGGGACAUAUUAUCCAAUAACUGUAAAAAAACACCUACGUGCUCAAGAAAUUGCAAUGCAAAAUAAUCUUCCUUGUCUAUAUUUAGUUGACUCAGGAGGUGCAAACUUACCUCGCCAAGCAGAAGUGUUUCCUGAUCGUGAUCAUUUUGGUAGAAUUUUCUAUAACCAAGCCAUUAUGUCCUCUCAAAGAAUUCCACAGAUAGCAGUAGUUAUGGGCUCAUGUACAGCAGGAGGUGCCUACGUACCUGCAAUGGCUGAUGAAAGCAUAAUAGUUGGCAAGCAGGGAACAAUUUUCUUGGGAGGACCUCCACUGGUUAAAGCAGCAACUGGGGAGGAGGUAUCAGCAGAAGAUCUUGGAGGUGCUGAUCUUCAUUGCAGAGAAUCUGGUGUAACUGAUCAUUAUGCUUCCGAUGAUAAUCAUGCACUUCAUUUAGCUAGAAAGAUGGUGAGAAAUUUGAAUUACCUGAAGAAAGUAGACGUGACAAUAGAACCUUCAGAAGAGCCGUUGUUCCCUCCAGAGGAACUUUAUGGGAUAGUUGGAGAACAACUUAAAAGAAAUUUUGAUGUCAGAGAGGUCAUUGCUAGAAUUGUAGAUGGAAGUAAAUUUGAUGAAUUUAAAGCCUUAUACGGGGAUACAUUAAUUACAGGGUUUGCUAGGAUAUUUGGUUACCCUGUAGGAAUAAUUGGAAACAAUGGUGUUCUAUUCUCCGAAUCUGCAAAGAAGGGAACACAUUUUAUUCAGCUUUGUUGCCAGAGAAAUAUCCCCCUUGUGUUUCUACAAAAUAUCACAGGUUUUAUGGUUGGUAAAGAUUAUGAAGCUGGUGGAAUAGCAAAAGAUGGAGCCAAGAUGGUAACUGCAGUAGCAUGUGCCAGUGUGCCUAAAAUAACAGUAAUUAUUGGAGGUUCCUACGGUGCUGGAAAUUACGGGAUGUGUGGAAGAGCUUAUAGUCCAAGAUUUCUUUUCAUGUGGCCAAAUGCUCGGAUCUCAGUGAUGGGAGGAGAGCAGGCUGCCAUGGUUUUGGCUACAAUAGCCAAGGACCAAAAAGCAAGGGAAGGGAAGCAGUUAUCGGAAGAAGAGGAAAACGCUCUGAAGGAACCAAUCAUCCAGAGAUUUGAAGAGGAAGGAAACCCUUACUAUUCAAGUGCACGAUGCUGGGGACCUUCAAACAUUACCGAAGCCUUGUGGGAAUCACAUUUCCUAGGGCAUACUAGCACAUGAUGCAGCCAUCUUGCUUAAGCUAAGUAGGUCUAUGUCUGGUCAGUGCCUGUAUGGAUGAUCACCUGAGAACCCUAUAUGUAAGGUGACUUGAGUUUAACUAUAAAAGAAAAGAAAGAUAUUUUUAAAAACAUCUGCAUGAGCAGUUCCUGCAUGGCUGGGGUAACAUUUUAAAUAGCCCAACUAUGUGAAUGGGAGCCAAUCACAUGGGCUGUUUCCAUAAAACUGGUCCCUUCUCCUUCCAGGUGGGGCCCCUUAAAAUUGGUCCCUUCUCCUGUUACUUUCUACAGUUGGCUCUUGACCACUUGGUUGGGGCAUUUAAAUAAGAUCAUAGUUCAGCUGCUGAAGAACUGCUCAAGGACAAGCUGCUCCCAUGUGAUUAGGGUAAUACUUAGAGGACCUCAUUCAUUUGAUUUUCAUGGAAUUUGUAUUUAAAAUUUAAUCCUUUUUAUUUUUGUUUUUCC